GAGAGAGGGAGAGAGAUGAAGAGUACUGUGGUGGUGAUGGUGAUGGUGAUGGCGAUGGGGACACUUGUGGUUAAGACAGAAGCUGAUUCAUUGGUAGAGUGUUACAAAGGAUGUUUUGUGGUUUGUGCGAUGCAGAAGAAGUGGCAGGCAUUCGUUUGUCCUUUCACUUGUCUGAAGGAUUGUCUUCAACCUCCAACUUUUUCUUCCCUCACUCCCUCACAAAAUAUGGAUCUAACUCAACACCUUUGCCAGCUUAGUUGCGCUUCUUCACGUUGUAUCAGCCUCAGCUCUCUCCAAAAUCCCAAUGAAAAGAAGGUGGAAACCUGCUUGAAUUCAUGCUCGGAAACCUGCACGAAGAGCUAGUUCGAGUGUUCUGCAAACUCUUGUUAGAAUCCCGAUUGGAUCGUAUUCAAUUUAAAUAAAAUGUUACAUUAUUUACAGUCCAAUUUAUAUUUUUUUCUUAUAGUCUUUGAUUUGUAUUA